AUGACAACAAGGCAAACUUUAUCAAAUAAUGACCAUCCUCCCAUUACACCAUUAAAAAAAAUGUUUGCUGCUUGUAGUGGAGCUUUAUUAACUUCACUUUUUACAACACCAUUUGACGUAGUAAAGGUUAGAUUACAAGCACAAAGCAUUUCCAAUAAUAAUCCAAAUCUAUCUCCUAAUCAAGCAUCAUCAUCAUUAUGUUGUACCGCUUCAAAUACAUCAAUUACUCUCCCAUCAUCAUCUACUCAGAAAGUAAUAGUAACAAGAAAUCAUCAUCAUCAAUUUAAUGGAAUACUGGAUGGUAUAAUUAAAAUGGUCCGUUAUGAAGGAGUCACAUCUUUAUGGCGAGGUCUUUCACCAUCAUUAGUAAUGUCUGUACCAGUGACGGUUAUAUACUUUGUAGGUUAUGAUCAUUUAAGAGACAAAUUAUGGACUACAUGGAAAGGAAAAUAUUCUGAAACUUAUUCACCAUUAAUUGCUGGAGCUACUGCAAGAACAAUUGCAGCUUCAAUAGUAUCACCAUUAGAAUUGUUUCGAACAAGAUUACAAGGCCCUGAAGGUAUAAAUGGACUGAGAAGAGUAUUGAAUGGUGUACAAACCAUGGUUAUCAAUAAUGGUAUUUCAUCAUUAUGGCGUGGUCUAGAACCCACAUUAUGGAGAGAUGUGCCGUUUUCUGCAAUUUACUGGACUGGCUAUGAAUUUAUGAAAAAAAAUUUAAAAAAUUAUUUACAUGAAAACAAUCUUGAUGAAAAAGUUAAUAACUUUGAAGUGUCUUUUUUGUGUGGCGCUACUUCUGGUGGUUUUGCAGCAUUGGUAACCACACCUUUCGAUGUAGCCAAAACAAGAAGACAAGUUACAACAAAUCAAAUGAAAAGUAAGAAUAGUAUGUUAAAUGUGAUGGAGAUGAUUGUUAAAGAUGGAGGAUACAAAGAGUUAUUUAGAGGUGGUACACUUCGAAUAUCAAGAGUAGCAGUUAGUUGUGCACUUAUGAUUUCAACGUAUGAAACAUUGAUAAAGAUGAUCUGA